CUCCUUGGGCAAGAAAUACUUGCAAUAAUUUAUUUAUUUAUUUCUAAAUUAUAUCCCGAAAUAACUAAAACCUCCCCAACCUUACAUACGUGGCCACUUCUUAUUGGGCAAUAGCUCCACCGAAGUUUAAGCCCUAAUUCCUCCGAAACGGAGAAAAAAGGGUUUAAGAAAUGUAUUCCAUGGCGCCACUACCUUAAACCCCUUCCCUUCGUCUCCAAUGCCAGCGCUAAUUUCACAGACAACUUCAAUCAACUACUUCAUCAGCAUCGGAUCAAUUUUAAUUUUGUAAUGGCGGCGUCGCGGAUCUCGUCGCUGGCGGCGGCGGCCGGCUUGGCGGUUUCUUAUUCCACCGCCACCAACCGCUCAUACGCCGACUCGCCGUCCUGGUUUUAUCCGUUCAACUCUUCCGAACCUUCUACAUCGGCUCCUACCGAAGCUCCUCCGGCGGACGCUCCCGGUUCGGAUCCUCAACCCGCUAUCGAAGUCUCUAAACGCGGGUUUGACCCGGAAGCGUUGGAGAGGGGCGCCAAAGCUCUUAGAGAAAUCAAUAACUCCUCUCAUUCCAAACAGGUUUUUGAAGUGAUGAGGAAGCAGGAACAGACUCGGCUGGCUGAGUUGGAUGCGGAGAAGGCGAAUUAUGAAGCUAUCCAAGCUCAUUCUGAUAUUCCAAAGCAGCAAAAGUGGGCAGAAGAACAGAGGAAUCUAUAUCAGCAGCAGUCUCAAGCUAAGGCACAAAUGAUGAGAUAUGAAGAUGAAUUGGCUCGUAAAAGAAUGCAGACAGACAAUGAAGCUCAGAGGCGUCACAAUGUCGAGUUAGUUCAAAUGCAAGAGCAGUCAUCCCUAAGAAAAGAACAGGCCAGACGGGCAACUGAAGAACAGAUACAAGCCCAGCAACGUCAGACGGAGAAAGAGAGAGCUGAGAUAGAAAGAGAAACAAUAAGAGUAAAGGCAAUGGCUGAAGCGGAAGGACGGGCUCAUGAAGCAAAGUUGACUGAGGACCAUAAUAGAAGGAUGCUUUUAGAGCGGAUAAACGGUGAAAGAGACAAAUGGCUUGCUGCAAUAAACACAACUUUCAGUCAUAUUGAAGGGGGUGUUCGGAUGUUAUUAACCGACAGGAGUAAGUUGGUGAUGACCGUUGGAGGAGCUACUGCAUUAGCUGCUGGUAUUUAUACCACUAGGGAAGGUUCGAGAGUGAUGUGGGGAUACGUGAACAGGAUUCUUGGUCAACCAUCUCUGAUUCGCGAAUCUUCAAUGGCAAAGUUUCCAUGGUCUGGAGUAGGUUCUCGAGCAGUUAAUAAGGUGCUUAAAUACAGUACUGCAUCGGGUGCAGCAGCACCUGCACAAAGUAAAUCUGCUCUCCAAGACAUUAUUCUCCAUCCUUCACUGCAAAAAAGAAUCGAGCACCUUGCUCGUGCUACGUCCAACACGAAAACUCAUCAAGCACCCUUUAGGAAUAUGAUGUUUUACGGUCCUCCUGGUACUGGCAAAACUAUGGUUGCAAGAGAGAUAGCUAGAAAAUCGGGUUUGGAUUAUGCCAUGAUGACUGGAGGAGAUGUUGCACCCUUGGGUCCACAAGCUGUUACGAAAAUCCACGAGAUAUUUGAUUGGUCGAAAAAGUCGAAGAAAGGUUUACUCCUUUUCAUUGAUGAGGCUGAUGCUUUUCUCUGCGAGCGUAACAGCACACACAUGAGUGAAGCACAGCGAAGCGCUCUCAACGCGUUGCUAUUCCGAACCGGCGACCAAUCGAGAGACGUUGUUCUCGUUUUAGCCACAAACAGGCCUGGAGAUCUCGACAGUGCUGUCACCAAUCGAAUUGAUGAGGUCAUCGAGUUUCCACUUCCACAAGAAGACGAACGCUUCAAACUGUUGAAUCUGUACUUGAAUAAGUACCUACGAGGUGAAGGUGAGGGAGGUGAGUUGAAAUGGGGGGGUUUCUUUAAGAAGAAGAACUCGAAAAAAAUAACGAUAAAAGACGAUCUCUCGGAUGAUGUGUUACGAGAAGCUUCUAGAAGGAUCGAAGGAUUUUCGGGCCGUGAAAUUGCAAAAUUACUGGCGAGUGUUCAGGCGGCGGUUUAUGGACGACCUGACUGCGUUUUGGACGCUGAUCUGUUUAAGGAGAUCGUGGAGUACAAAGUGGCGGAGCACCACCAGCGGAUUAAACUUGCGGCCGAGGCUUGAGAGAUUUUGUCGGCUCUUUUCUUUUUUUUUUUUUUAAUAAGGAUCUGGAAAAUUUUGUUAUAGUUAUUUUAUCGGAGUUAUUUAGUCAAUAAUAACAAUUGUUUUUCGCAAAUUUUAUUAUUGGUGAUGAUGUCAUCAAGUUUCUGUUAAGCUGAUUAAUGAAAUUUAAAAUGGAUGAUGUCAUCAAAUUUCUGUUAAGCUGAUUAGUGAAAUUUGAUGAUGAUGUCAUCAAAUUUUAGUGUAUCAUUAACCCUAAAAUUUAAAGAUGAACUAUUUGGUUUCAAUUAUGUUCGAAAUUAUUUGUUU